UAGCAUUGCAACGAUGUGCUCUCCGCCGCUUGGCGAAUGCCGGGGUCUUCACACUGCCGCAUACUCAGCAUCCUGGGCGUUCGCUCGCCGCGCGCCAUGACUUUUUGACAUUUUCAACGUCGGGGAUGCAUAACGACGAGGCCAAGCACGCGAAGACGCCCCAUGGUGACGACAAGACGAUGAUGGACAAAGUCAAGGAGACUGUCCACGCUGGCGUCGACAAGCUCAAGAGCGGGCUCGACACGAUCGACGAGAAGCUUCAUGUGGGCGUAGACAAGACGCAGGAGCAAAUCGAGAAGGUAAAGGAGAAGACGCAUGACCAGUAUGAAAAGAUGAAGGUCAAGACGCAUGACCAGUUCGAGAAGCUCAAGCACGGACUCGAAAAGCAAGAUGAGAAGGUGCGGACGAUGACGUCCAAGUACUUCGAUUCGGUCAAGACCAAUGCGUCCGCCGUCCAAGACAUGCUCAAGGACUAUGAAGAAAACACAAACGAAAUGGGCGCUGACUACUAUGAGCGCAUUCGCGAUUCGCUGGACAAGUGGAACGGAAGCUUGAUGGACCUGGAGUCGAAAGCGAGCAACUUUAGUGGAUCGUUUGGCAAGGAUGUGUCGGACUACGUGAAGGAGCAGCGCCACCGCCACGCCGAAUUAACGCGCAAAGCCAAGGCGCGCAAAAAUAAGUAG